AUGAAAAUAAAAAUAUAAAAUAUAAGUUUAAAAUACUUUUGGAAAAGAAAAGUAAUAGAAGCUUUUUUUUAGAAAUUGGGAAAAUUGUUAUAUUUUAGUUUUUAAGAAUAAAUAGAAUAAGAAUCAAGUAACUAGUUAGCUUUUAGGGUCAUUUAAAUAAAUAAUCAAUUAAAAUUAAGUCUUUUUGGAUCUAAUGUAUUGUAUUGAGUUGUAUAUAUUAAAUAAGAAUGGAGUAUAAAACUGAAUUUAUUAGAAAGGAUAUAAUUUAUUUAGAUUUUGACUUGUAAGGAAAUAAAUCAAAGAUUUGCUGAUUGCAGCAAUAAAAUGUAUUUCAAUCAAAUUAUUAUAAGAACACUAAAAUCAUCCAAUAAAAUGCAAACAUUGA